UAAGGAAAAUGUAAUGACCUCAGGGAUAUUACAAGUAAAACCAAGCAUUUAGUAGGCUAAAUUAACAGUCCGGUAGGUGGCAGUGAUUGUUCUCCGGUAUGAGGACAGGGAAACGUAUCCCACGCUUGCAAAAGCGCUCUCCCAUGUUGCGUAGCGGAGAGGACUCGCCACAGCCAAAGAGCGCUCUGCUGUGAGAGCGAAAGUGUCAGAGUUGCGGUAGCUCAGAAAGUGCAUGUGGCUGCGUUCGUCAGUGGACACUGCGCUGACCAAGAGGAGUAGGAGUUGGAUAAACAUUUCAGAAGCCAGUCGAGGUGACCUAUAGAAAAACAACGCACAGGAAAACAGGAGGCUAUUGUCAGGAAAGGUGCAACGAAAUAUUUAAAUAGACUUGUGAGCAAUGCACUGGCAGCAUGGCCAGAUGGUUCAGGGAACAUCUAGGAUUCAAAACUACCAAAGCACCACCUCCGGCGCCCCCGAAACCAGACUACAGAUAUUGUCACGCCGCUGUGACCGGUACGCUUGGCUACCAACAACCAAGCUCCGGGGCCACCUCUCUCUAUCCAAGCCCCGCACAGCCGGACAUUCUUGCUGCUUACAAACUACAAAAGGAACUGGACUUCGAAGAUCCGUACACGGGAGGAGGAAAUAUUUCGUUUGGAACUGGUCUGGGCUCUGGGGGGUCGCCGGACAUAAAGUAUGUGUCACCAAAGCACCGGCUUAUAAAGGUGGAAACAAUCGAGAAAAGCAACUCUGCUCCGGGCAGCGGUAUCAUAGCCCAAGCUGUUGCUGUUGGGAACGUUAAAUCACCCACGUCACCGCCUCCUGAAAAUGAGAAUAAAGAAAAGCUCAUUAUCCUGGAUGACUAUGCAGACCCGUUUGAUGCGGAGCAGGACGGGGGGACCCAGGCCACCACAGAGAAGGUGACCCAGGCCAGCACAGAGAACGAUGGCUACAUGGAGCCCUAUGAGGCCCAGAAGAUGAUGGCAGAGAUCCGCGGUGGCCGGGGGCCUAAGGAGGGGUCACUGAGAUCGCUGCCCCUGUACGACACGCCCUACGAGCCAGCUGAGAACGGAGGGGACUCGGACGGCGAGCGUCCCCGCUGCCCCAGAGAGAGUCGGCUACCGCAGGACGACGAGAGGCCCCCGGAGGAGUACGACCAGCCCUGGGAAUGGAAGAAAGAGCGCAUCUCCAAGGCUUUCGCAGGUACGAGAGCACCUCUGCUCUGUUCUGACUGCAUUAGCUACAAGGGCUCUGUAAGUGGCAGUGGAUCAGAACCAGAGACAAGGAUGGACAACACCUCUAAAUCCCUCACAGUCCAGUUUGAAGGGGCGGAGAAGUCCAGAAUGUCGCCCACCAGAGAGGGUAAAGGAGGGCGUCCGCCCCGCAUCCACUCCAGUUGCUGUCUGGUCAACACCAAGAUGAGCUCUCUGGACCACUGCAGUGCUGCUCUGGGGGAACGCAUUGACCCCUCCAUGUCCCUGGAGAGCCAAUUCUGGUACCAUGGAGCGAUCAGCAGGACGGAUGCAGAGUCUCUGCUGAGGCUGUGUAAAGAGGCCAGCUACCUGGUGAGGAACAGUGAGACCAGCAAGAACGACUUCUCCCUCUCACUCAAGAGCAGCCAGGGCUUCAUGCACAUGAAGCUGUCGAGGACGAAGGAGAACAAGUACAUCCUGGGUCAGAACAGCUGUCCCUUCGACAGUGUCCCCGAGAUCAUCCACUUCUACUCCAGCCGCAAGCUGCCCAUCAAGGGGGCCGAGCACAUGUCCCUGCUCUACCCCGUGGCCAUCAGGACACUAUAGUGACAUGUCCUUCCCCAAAGGUCACACAGGGGUCAGGGGUCAGAUGCCCUCUCCUGCCACCUCCCAUGGGAAACCCUGUCACUCUGCCUUUCUCCUUCUGUAUGAUUGGCCUGAAGGACAGAGUUCAAGUUGGCGGAGGAGGCAGGGAUGAUGAUGAUGAUGAUGAUAACACAGCUCACCUGUCAUCACCCACCUGAUCCCAGACCAGCUAUUAACUUUUUGUUUGUACUUGCUACAACAUUAUCAUUGCAUCAUUGACUGACACAUUAUCUGCUGGCGAGCAUUGUUUCACUGAUCCCACAGCUGCUUCCUCAACAGUACCACUCUGUACCAAUCUCCUCCACACAAGACCUGUUCAUAUUGGAUUUGGCUCCAUGUUAUGCUGAAAGUGUUUAUUUAGUGAGGGGAAGCUAAAGAUUGUAAUGUCCUUUAUAAAGGAAGUGGGGAAGGCACAUUAAUGUAUUGGAGUUGGGUUAUAUAUGGGCACUCUACAGUGGCCGGCAAACUCAAUAAACCUGCCCUGUGUGAAUACUUUACCCAUCAGUGCAACAACAGUUUAGUGUUUAAGUGCUGUAAGGUCUACAGACUGACGUCUGUCUCUGUCUAAUCCCGGGACUGUAAUUUCUGAUAUCUUUCACCACGGGUGUCCCAUUGGUAGGACAGUGUAAGUACAGCUCUGGUUUGACAGUCAGCAGACUGAUAGAUGGAUAACUAUGUUACACAGCAGUAGCACCAUUGGCUAAAUGAGCCAGAGAUGGGUGCCUAGUCUCAAAAUGGGCUAAAUUACCUUCCCAAUCUGCCAUCAUCUUUGUAUGGGUAGAAUGGAAUAUGCCUGCAUUGUCUACCUCAGAAAAUCAAUUUCAUUCGUGAAUCUACAGAUCAAUAGGUACAAUGGGAUUGCAGAUAUUGAUCCAACCCCCACCAUGCAACUCCGAUUCCCAACAAAUUGCAUCGAUGGUUUAAGAAUAUGUUUUUGCAUAAACCAGUCAAUCAGAUAAUGUUUUUGGUUCUUUUUUAAAAACAACAUUUUACAGAUCAGCAUUUGUAUGUAUAGUCACUAUGAAAUUGUGUGAUGUCCGUAACAAAUGUUUGGUUAAUGCCUUAUAAUGCAUGGGUUGAAUCAGUCGGAUUAGAUCCGCUGAUUUCUAGAGUUCUGCUUCUUUCAAUGAUUGUUCUGUGACUGUAAUUUAUUCUGGGGUAAUUCUUCUUAUUACAGAUGUGUUACUCCUCUCUGUGAAGGCCUGCCUCGUGGCAUCCAGCCCUCACUAUUCUCUGCCAUGUGAUCGUGUUUGGCCAGAGCUUGAACACCCCGGACCUGGUCUCAUAUACUGUGGUGCUUCGCUUUGUGUUUUAGUCACUUCUGCUUCAUGUGUCCAACUGCCUCUGUGGCCUGACUCUGAGACACUGAGUGAUGGUGUCUCGUGACCAAUGGGAUUGUCCAGCCUCACAUAAAGACUGUCUGUAGAAGCCCCAUGGACCAAUCGGAGGAUUCCAUUUUCCUGGAUGAACUCAGACCUCCAGUCUGUCAUAACCCAUCUAUUUGUUGGAACUAUUUAAUACACACCUUGACUUCUCCCCUGAACCAGAGGGAGUGACGUGUCCUUUAAAAUCUAAAUGUUAAUAAGGAGAGUGCUGAAGCAUGCUAUGCAAUCCCAUAGCCAGUGGGUGGCAUCAUUGCAGAUGUGGAAAUCAAAGGCUGUCCUCCAAUUGGCAUUUCCAGGGAAUUAUAUGAGUGUUUGCUGGAGGUGAAUUGAUUCUGUUGGUAAGAUAAGGGAACAAGUCAAGUAGGGUUGCAUACAGCAGCAAUGGUUCCCAAACUUUUUUGGUUACUGUACCACCAACUGAACUGUACUCUGCCCGGAGUACACCUGAAGUACCCCCUCAUGUGCAUUUUACAAGUAGGCCUAUGGUCUCAUGAGUCUUCUCAAGGUACCCCCUGUGGAUAGACCAAAUACCCUCCAGGGGUCCUAGUACCCAUGGUUGUGAACCACUGGCAUACAGUAUAUGACUCUUCAUGGCAGGUUUAGGAGUUUGGCAAUGUCAUGAUUAGGCUAUCCCACACCUUCAUGAGGUAACUGAUGUUGAGGGAGAGGGCCAUUGUAUGUAAUGGAGGGAAAUUCUGCUCACAUUUUAUUAAUUAAAUAAAUAUAUCAGUACCAGUCAAAAGUUUGGACACACCUACUCAUUCAAGGGUUUUUCUUUAUUUUUUUUACUAUUUUCUACAU